AUGAAGUACCAAUAUCUCGUAAAAUCGCUUCUUUUAGGUCUGGCCACCUCUGCACCCGCCGCACCACCGGUCAACGACCUAGAUGUAGCCAUGAUGCAGUCCUACUCUGACAAGCCCCAUCCAACCCUAGUAGACUACAACAUAGCCGGAGUCGCAUGGUGUGAAAAGCAUGUCCGCGCCAACGCUCCCAAUCCCCCUAUGCUCCCGAAACCCGGCAUCGACCCCAAGAAUCCUCCGGUCAUGCCGUCUCUCCGUGCUCUGUACACGUUUAUGGUGCCCAACCCGGACAAGAAGAAGCCUGGAUUUGCUCUCCAGCCAACAUUCGAAAUCCUUGGAUUUGCGCCUAUCACGCGAGAAAUGUGUCUUUGGGGUUGGGGUGUGGGUCGCCAGAGUUAUGGGAUUCAGUCGGAGCAAGUCAAGAAAGGCAAUAUCUGCCGUGGACAAGGAGGUGUUGCUAUGGUUCAGGGGUGGAAUCAAACUAUAUGGUGGAAUGAGUUUAGAAUAGUAUUCUGA